AUGUUCUCUACCACUCACAAUAUGUUCCAUUCACAUUUUACAGUCGCACAAGCCACGCUUGCUGUAGCCAUCUUAUUCUCUAUCCAUCGCUUUGCAGUCAUCAUCUAUCGCAUCUAUUUUCAUCCCCUUCGCCGUUAUCCCGGACCGAAACUCGCAGCAGUCACAAAGCUUUAUCGACUCUACUUCACAGUCAUAGGGGAUGGUGCCAUCGCUCCCAAACGGCUCCAUGAUCAAUAUGGUCUUAUUGUUCGGAUUGGACCAGAUGAGCUCAGCUACAUUGAUCACCGGGCAUGGAAGGAUAUUCAUGGCUUCCACAAGUCCGGGCAAGACCUCUUUGAAAAGGACUUGGUGAUGUAUGGACCAGAUAUUGCGCCUAAUGUUCGGGGCCUGAUCCGCGCCAACGACUCAGGGCACAGGCGCCAACGGCGGAUAUUCAGCCAUGCAUUCUCAGACAAAGCACUUCGUGGGCAGCAAGACCUGAUUCGAGGCUAUGUGGAUAUGCUGGUUGAAAAAGUCCACCAGGUGCACCGGGUGGCCACGUGUCAGGGAGACAAGUCGGUGGAAGUGACUCGUCUGUACACUUUUACAACCUUCGAUAUUAUGGCGGACUUGACCUUUGGAAAACCCUUGGGAAUGCUCAGUGGUGAGAGCUUCGUGCCCUGGGUUUCGGUUAUCGAGGAAUCACUUAAGUACUCGGGAUACACCUUACUCCUUCGUGCAUACCCAAUUCUCGAGACGUUCUUCACGCGUUUGAUACCCAAGAGAAUAAAGGCAAUGAGAGAUGAGCACAUCAACUUCGCCGUAAAGCGGGUUGACGAACGCCUGGAGCAAGGCUCCGACAGGAGCGAUAUCUGGAGCUUAGUUGAGCGUAACGAGGAGCAGAACAACAUAACUCGAGAAGAGAUGUACUCUAGUUCGUACGAGUUCCUCAUCGCAGGAUCUGAGACAACGGCAAGUCUUCUCAGUGGGUUGACUUACUUCCUCUGCAAAAACGAAAGCAAGAUGAAGAUUCUGCUCAAGGAGAUUCGCAGCCUGAAAAGAGACGAGCUUACGAUUUCCAAGCUCCAAGGUUUGAAGUACCUCCAAGCCUGCAUCGACGAGGCUAUUAGGCUCUAUCCUCCUGUUGCUGGAGCACUGGGGCGCGUGAAGCGAGUCUGCGGGGCGAAUAUCUGCGGUCAAUGGGUUCCAGAGGGGACCACGGUAGGAAUACCUCAUAUGGCAGCAUAUCAUUCUGCAAAACACUUUAGUUUUCCAAUGGAGUUUAUGCCAGAGCGUUGGCUUACGAACGCUUCAUCUAAAUUUUCAGACGACAACAAGGAGGUUUUCCAGCCUUUUCUCUACGGGCCGAGGAAUUGUCUCGGAAAGAGUCUAGCUUAUCACGAAGUUCGAUUGAUCAUCGCUUCAAUUUUGUGGAACUUUGAUGUCGAGCUGGAAAACAAGGAGGUGGAUUGGCUGAAACAAAAAUGGUAUGGAUUCUUUGAAAAGAAUCAGCUGCGUGUGAAGAUGACACCAGCUGUAUGA